AUGACUAUACUACCAAACAAGAAAAGACAAGCAACAUUAAAAAGCAAGCUAGUCUUGCAGCAAGGCAACGACUUAUAUAAAAAGCCAUUAGAUAUACCCAGCUGGACUUCGUUUAAAUUAAUUGAUCAUGGUCAGGAAGCCGGGGAUCAAGUCCUCAUCAAAGAUAUAAAGCAGGGCGGCAGCAGUGAUGGUACAGGUACCAAAGAUUUAUGGAAGCCUAAAACAAUUCGGAUAUACCCCACACGAAAGCAAAGGGAAAUUUUUCAGUUGUGGCUAAAUGCUACCCGACACAUGUACAACCUGGCGGUUGCGGAACGGAUACGAAUGGGUCACGAAGCGAAAGAGAACGGUACAAAGGUUAAAUUAAAGCUAAAACACCUGAGAGAGGUUACGCCAUUAAAAAAAUCCUUUGAUUACGAAAAAUACCCACCUCUUAUGUAUCUAAAGCAAGUUCCUUUUCUCAUCAAGGACAAUGGCUUGCGGGACUUCGAUAAGGAUUACAGAACGAACUUAGCCAAAUCAAAAAAAUCUUUGAGGCCCUUCAAGAUUCAUUUCAAGAAGGUGAAGGAUAGACAAAGUAUGACUGUUGAGAAGAAGGUAUGGGGACUUACGAGAGGUGUCUAUCAUGAUGUAUUUGCUACGAAUGUCCUUCGGAGCAAAGAACCAUUACCUGAAAAGCUUCCGCACGAUUCGCGACUCAUCAAGGAAUACGGGAAAUGGUUUUUAGUAAUUCCUUUCGAAGCUAGAGGUAGAAUGCCAAAAACGGAUAAAUCUAUUAAUGCGGUAGCCGUAGAUCCUGGCGUAAGAACAUUCCUAACAACAUAUGACAGCAGUCAGCGUGUCAUGGAGAUUGGUGAAGAUGGCUAUUUGAAGUUACAACAUUUAGACAGAAGGUUGCGAUCAAUACAAUCUGAAUUGUACAAACUUAGAAAGAAGUCUCCGUUGUCAAAGGAUGACCGCAAGCGAAAGAUAAGGAAUAGGCGUAAAGUAGCCAUAAGAUUGUACCAACGAAAGAAAAACCUUGCUAAUGACAUUCACAGAAAGGCAUGUAUACUUCUUGCCAGCAAGUACAAUUACAUCUUGAUCCCAGUGCUAAAUUUCCACAAUUUCAAGAAAACUAACCGUAGAGUUAGAGCAAAUCUUGCAAAUCUAAAGCACUGUCUAUUUGUUCAAAGAUUAAAGAAUAAGGCUCAACAUUUUGAAAAUACAACUGUCAUCGAAGUAGAUGAGGAAUUUACAACUAAAACAUGCUCUUCCUGUGGCGUUCGCAGUGACAUUGGUGCUUCUAAGAUAUUCAAAUGCGAUAACUGUGAGUCUGUUUUUGAUCGGGAUCACAACGCUGCUAAGAACAUCCUCCUCAAAUAUCUAGGCGAGGUCGAGUAA